AUGUACGCUUCCACUCUUUCCUUUGCCGUUCUGGCUGUCGCCGCUGCCUCUGAGGACGUUAGCACUGAGUUCAUCACCAAGACUCUUUCUACUAUCACUGUUCAGAGCAUCCACACCCCCAACGCUGUUUUGGUUGGUGAGCUCGCUAACAACGCUACCGUUAGCAACUCCACUUCUUCUAACAGCACCUCUUCUAACAGCACUUCUUCUAACAGCACUUCUGUUCCCAGCAGUACCACGGUUUCCAACGGCACCUCCAACAGCACUUCUACCGGCACCAAGGCUCCCGUCCCUACUCACAACGCUGCUGUCUCCCAGAGCAUCCCUGUUGCCGCUGCCGUUGCUGCCGUUGCUGCUUAUCUCUUGUAA